AUGUUCGAAACCACGACUUUCCUCCGCAACUCCAGCUCUCACGCAGCAAAGCAACCUGCAAAUGCAAUGGACAGCUCCGAUCCGCAAGCGAAGGACGAUGGCGACCGCGUAAUUGCAAGCCCGACACGGCCUCUACCCACGGUUCCGGCCUGGUCCGAGACCGGGAACGCUCAGAAUACAUACAACAACAUCAUUAUCAACAAUGCUAACGGUACUGGGGUGACCGCUGGUGCAUUCACUCGCGGUACCACCAGCACCGGAAGUGGCGGCGGUAGCGGUGGCAAUUGCAAUGGCGACGACAAGGACACCGUCUCACCUGUUCUGUACAGCUCGCUCCUUUUUCUUCUGGUCGUCCUUGCUAUCGGAAUCUUGAACUCCAAGCUCGCCGACCCACGCACCCAGCUACGAGAGACGACAAUCCUUACCGGUAUCAACACCAUUCGCUAUCACAUCGACGUUUCCAUAAACGCCAGCAACACACUAGAGUACUACGUUGCCGAGGCGCUGGCCUCCGGCAAACGCCAGGAUUGGCUCCCAGACGCAGAGAUGGCUACAGGCAUCAUCCUUCACGACAUCAAGCCGGCGAUGGGCAAGCUGGAGAGCGAAUUACGCCAUUUAGAAAACCUGUGGGAUCGACUAGACACUGAAGUCGCUCACAGAUUCGACCACUACACUCAGCAAGUAUCGCCCCAGUGGUGGAUGAAACUCUUCGUCGAUGACCAGUCCGAGAUCGAUCAUCGAAGUGUUUGCGAAUUCACGAACUUCCUCAAGCUGGGCAUUAGAGAACUCCACGGCCCUUUGAUCACUCUGAACGAAACCGUCUCACUCCUGCACAACACCUACAUCAGGGCCAACGAGACGCUAGAAACCGCCUGGUUCAUGCCAAAGAGCUUCAUUUACUUCUGCAUUACAAAACCGAAGGCCUCAAGCCGCUCAGUCACCAAUACAGUCAAAUUCAAGAUGCUCUCAGUGAGGAAACUAUUUGGCAUCGCCAUGCGGGCUUCGUGUGCGGACAAUCUGAGCAUCCUCGACGCCUACCAUAGGGCGAUUCAGGCGUCAUAUUCGAAUCUGGGACAAUUGCAAGCUGCCUGGCGCUGUCAGAUCGAUGUCAGCGAGCGUGGCGUUAGGGCGGGCCUGAAGACAAAGGCACCUGCAGCCCUCAAACAUGCUGUCUCCCUUGUCCCCUUCUGA